AUGAGCCAUUCCGAGGCGAAGCGCUGGGUCAUCGUCCAGCCCCAGUGGGGCCUCUGCAACCGUCUAAGGGCUGUGGCCUCCGGGCGCAUGCUCGCCGAGCACCUCUCUCGAAGUUUCCUUGUUGACUGGCAGCCGCUGCCCGGCUGCAACUGUACGUGGGAUCGUCUCUUCUCUCCGCAAUCAGUGAAGACAUUAAGCGAAGAGCUUCAGGAGGAUCCAGAUCCUUCUGUGCUGGCUGCUGCCGAACUGCUGCAGGCCUGGGACGAGGUCGCAAUCUUGGCUCGCUGCAAACCUGACAGCCAAGAGCUCAGGGGGGCAAUGCGGAGCUUUGAGGCCUUCCACAAGGAAUGCUACCGAGCAGGGCUAGCUUACCUUCUGGAUGCUGCCUCCGAGAAAUGGAGGUCGUGCAGGCCGUUUCAUGGAUGCGACAGUCUGCCGAGCUUCCUCCAGGUAGAUUGCCUUUGCAUCAGAGCCUUCAACCCGUUCUACCCACCCAGGGAGGAAGAUCGGCAACAGCUCGCUGCCGAGCGGGCGGCUCACCUGAAUCACCUGGUGGCGGCUGCCUCCGUGCGCCAAAGGCUCUGGCAGUUGCCCGAAGGCACGGUCUCGGUUCACAUCCGCCGCACGGACCAUACUAAGGCCAUUGCGAGAUCGCCUGAGGACCUGUUCGUACAAGCCAUGGACUCUUAUGGAACAGAAGCCAAGUUCUUCUUAGCGACGGACGACGCCGAAGUCGAGUCGCGGCUGCGACGGCGUUAUGGUCAGCGCCUACUGACGCAACCCAAGCGCACGCUCAGCCGCAAUGAUCCGGAUGGCAUUGAAGAUGCCCUGUUGGACCUGCUGAUGCUGUCGCAGGGGAGUGAGGUCUUGGGCUCUUACAAAUCCUCCUUCUCUGCAAUGGCUGCGCACUUCCGGUGCAUUCCGCUUCAUGUUGUGGACAUCUGUCCCGGAAAUUCUCCCGACCCGGCUGCCAGGGUCGGAGCAGGCUUCCGGGAGGUGUCAGUGGUUGCAGCCGACCCGGAGGAUGACUGUCCGGGUGAUCGGCGCGUCGGAAAAGGGCGGUUUGCAGCGGAAUACUCUGGCGUUGGUUGGGAUGCCACUCAGGCUGCUGACGGGCCGUCGACCAAGGAGAAGCCACGUCCGUUCAUGAGAGGAGCUCGACGUGCCAUAGCAGAAGCCGAAUUGCACGAUUCAGAUGGCGAAGGAUAUUCAGACUUCUACGAUUCCGAUGACGAGGAGCCGGUCAGCGACGACGAGGGCGGUACAACUGGAGGAAAGAAGUUUGGACUACAAUUCGAACGAGUAGUGCCUGACUCUGCUUAUUCUGCCAUUGCAGAGGACGGUGCUCUGGUUGAUGCUGAAAAAUUUCAGAAGGAUUCUGCUUCUGCUUCAACCGAGUUGGAAGAGGCAUUUGCUGAUCGCUGGUGGUCUCAAUUUCGACGCCAUUUUUUCAGACAUAACUAUGGGGCAUACCGUUUGAUGGAUGGUCGAUGGCAGCGGGUGCCGGAUCCCAAAGGCCCCCGGUACAAGCCACGGCAGAGGAAGAGGCCCCGCGGCCAAAAGAGAGAAGAAGCACAAAAGCGAGAAAUGCGAGCAGCAAAGCCUCCUGGAGCAUUUCGACAAAGCAUCAUCCUUGUGGCAACUGCCAAUGCCGUGCGAGAAGUCUCGCAAAUGACGUCUGACAAUGACUGCCAAUCGGAGGAGUUCUUGUGGAGCUUGGGUGUUGGAGCCUCGCUUCCUUCUUGGCUGCAAGAGAUGCGCCACGAGCAGCGGCGACGGGGGCUGAAUCAGGGCUCUCACGUCGACACGCACAGCAAGGAACGCCUGGGCAUUGGGCCUCAAGUUGGGAGCGGCCAGCAUGCGGCACCCAGACGAGCGACGAGAGGUGCCGUGACAGUCCCAGAAGUGGAGAUCAAAGACCAAACGGCUGCCGAAACCUUGGUGAGCCCAAGACGGUGCGGCGGUCGCAGUGUCGCACGAGCAGCAACUGCCGAAUAA